AUGAGAUUUCAAAUUAUAUCAAUUUUAUUCCUUGUUUUCAGCUGGGUAACGGCUGUUCCAGUUCAAGAAAGUACUUUAGCUGAAUUGAGUACCGAUUUAAACAAUUGGGUUCAAACCAACUUUAAUUCAAAAGAAAUUGCUGCUUAUGAUCAAUUACUCGAACCCUUUAGUAAAGCUGGCUCUAUUCAAAAGAGAGAAGCUUAUGAAGAAUUUAUUGAAGCUGCUUUACUUCAAAUUAACCAAACCGGUAUUUUAUGGACUUUAUUAGAUGCAGUAGCUUUGAAUGAAUCUAGAAUCCAAACCGUUACUGGUUUUCUUGGUGCAUUAUUAUCCGGGGUAGAAUACAAGAUUGAUGUUGGUGCUUUACUCACACAAGCCUUAAGUGGAGGGUUGGACCUUAGCUCACUUGAGUCAAAUCCAUUUGUGGCCGCAGUUAUACAAUCUGGUUUGAUUGAAAGUUUCCUUGAUGGUAUGCUUUUGGAUGAUCAAUUUAGACCAGUAUUGGUUGAAUUGUCUUACAGCCUUAUUCUUUCUCAAAGAGAGGCAAUUAAGGCAUUAUUAACUGGUUUCUUACAACAAACUCAAGCUGCUGGAAAUGCUAAGAGAGCAGAUGGAGAUGAAGAAGUGGCUGCAGCACAACCCGCUGCUGAAGAAGCUGCAGCUGAAGCACCUUCCCAAGAAGCACCUGCCGAAGAAGCAUCUGCAGAAGAAGCAUCCGCUGCUGAAGAACCCGCUGCUGAAGAUGCAUCCACAGAAGUCACAGACACUACUGGUUCAUUGAAUGCGUUCCUUCUUACUGCCCUUAAUGAACUUCUCAAGUCACCAUUUUUCCAAGAGGUUGCCAUUGAUACCAUAAACGCCUUAAACGACACUGGUGUUGCUGUUUAUGUUACCAAGAGAUUCCUUUCUACUCCAGCAUACGUUAACUUAGUCGGUGCCAUUACUCAAACAGUUAUUCAAUCAGGUGCUAUCCAAAUCGAUUUCUCGACUUUGGAUGUCGCUACUAUUAUCCAAGCAGCGUUAGCCAACUUUGAACAAAUAAUUUCAUUGGUUGUCGGCUUCUUUUCAGGAGAUUCAUCUGCUACUGCUGGUUUAAUGAGUAUUUUGGGUAAAUAUGGUGCACCAAUUAUGGACAUUAUUGCCGGUUUAGAACAAAAGGGAUUAUUUUAUCAAUUGAAUGAAUAUAUCUUCGGUGCAGGUGAUCAAGCUGCUUCAACUCAAUCUGCUGAUCAAGUCUUAACUGAUGGAACACAAAAUAAAGCUACUGAAGAUGAAGAAGAAGGUAGCACCAGUGGCGCUAUUUCAUUGAAAUUUAGUGCACCAUUGGCUUUAUUAGCAGCAAGUGCUUUACUCCUUUAG